CAAUCCCAUCAAUGCGCUAAUGAGCCUUAGAAGACCAGCCAGAGCAGGCAGGAAACCCUACCCUUCCCCAUAGACUGAUCGGCGAGGGCCGCAUCCUGCAAUGAGGGCCCUGACGUCGAUGGCGCUAUGGGCCCUGCUCGUGGCACUCGCCAUCCCGCCCAUGGCCCUCUCCGAGACUGCCUGCGACGCUGUCGGCAACAGGCUCGACUGCGGCUACCCGGGCAUGUCCCCACAGGAGUGCGAGCAGAAGGGGUGCUGCUGGCUGCCGGCAGCGUUCCCGGGGGCGCCGCACGUGGACCUGCCCUGGUGCUUCCGCCCAAACGCCGAGCCCAGCGAGUAUCGAGUGGCCGACCUGCGGCAGGGCGAGGGCGGCAGCCUGCAGGCCAGCCUGGCGAUCUCCAAGCGCACCCAGCCGUACCUCGGGGAAGACAUAGAGAGCCUGCGACUGGAUGCGGAGCCCCUGAGCGAUGCCGUGCUGCGCCUCAAGAUCGGCGACGCCGCCGUGCAGCGCUGGGAGGUCCCGCAGUGGCUGCUGGCCUCUGAGCUGCUGCCUGGCAGCAGCGGCGGCCCGGGCGGGGCUGCUGCUGUCGGCGGUGGGAGCGGCGCCGCCAGCACGGGGCCGCUGUUUGAGCUGAGCGUCAAGCAGGAGCCAUUCAGCCUGGAGGUGACUCGCUCCCAGGCGCAGGCGGCAGGCGGCAGUGCCGGGGCCGGGGAGGGCGCUGGCCGCACCGUGUUCAACUCCACCGCCACACGCCUGGAUCAAUACCUGGAGCUUUCCACCUGGCUCAGCCCCUCUGCGGUGCUGUUUGGCGCAGGCGAGCGCGCCUCGCACACCCUGCACCUCGAGCGCAACGGCAUGCCGCGCACGCUGUGGAACCACGACCUGGGUCCCACCUUCCCCGAGCAGAACAUGUACGGCAGCCACCCGUUUGUGAUGGCGCUGGAGCCAGAUGGGACCGCCUGGGGCAUGCUGCUGCUGAGCAGCAACGCCAUGGACGUGGUGCCCUCUCAGGACCGCCUCAGCUGGCGGGUAACGGGCGGCAUCCUGGACCUCCUGCUGCUGCUGGGGCCCACGCCCCUGGCUGUGCUGGACCAGCUGACGGCGGUGGUGGGGCGGCCAGCCAUGAUGCCUUACUGGUCGCUUGGCUGGCACCAGUGCAAGUAUGGAUACCAGAGCGUGUGGGAGGUGGAGGAGGUAGUGGCCAACUACUCCAAGGCGGGGCUGCCGCUGGAGGCGAUCUGGACAGACAUCGACCACAUGGAUGGAUGGCGCGACUUCACCUUCAACCCGACAAACUUCCCGCUGCCAGAGAUGCGGCGCUUUGUGGCGGGCCUGCACAGCAAGGGGCAGCGCUGGGUGCCGAUAGUGGACCCAGGCAUCAAGGUCGACCCAGGCUACCCCGCCUACGAUGCGGGCCUCAAGGCCGGCGCCUUCAUGCGCGGCGUGGACGGCGAGCCCUACCUGGGCUGGGUGUGGCCUGGCGCCAGCCACUUCCCCGACUUCCUCAGCCCCGCCGGCCGCGACUACUUUGCCGUCCAGCUGGAGCAGCACAGCCAGAUGGUGCCUUGGGAUGGCAUCUGGAUCGACAUGAACGAGGUGUCCAACUUCUGCACAGGCACGCAGUGCCACAUGCGGCCCGGGGCGCCCGCCACGCCCCUGCGGGCUCCCUCCAGGGCCCAGCUGCGAGAUGACCCCCCCUGGGUGUGCCACCUGGACUGCCAAGAGCCUCAGGGCCUCAACGCCACCCAGCUCCGCUGGCUGCACCCGCCCUACGACGUCAGCAGCAGCCUGCAGCGCCUGCCGCUGGGCACCAAGGCCAUGUCGGUCCUGGCCUCCCACCACGACGGCUCCGUGCAGUACAACACCCACCAGCUGUACGGCCUGAGCGCCGUGCUGACCAUCUCCCGCGCGGUGCGCGCCAUCCUGGGCAGGCGCCCCUUUGUGCUCAGCCGCAGCUCCUUCCUGGGCACGGGCGCCUACGCGGCGCACUGGACGGGCGACAACUCGGCCACGUUUGAGCAGAUGGCAUGGAGCGUGCCGGGCGUGCUGAGCAUCGGGCUGUGGGGCAUCCCCAUGGCCGGCGCCGACAUCUGCGGCUUCAUGGGCGACCCCACCCCUGAGCUGUGCGCCCGCUGGGCCAGCCUGGGCUCCUUCUACCCCUUCGCCCGCGACCACUCUGACCUGCACGGCGGCUACCAGGAGCUGUACCGCUGGCCCGAGGUGGCGGCGGCGGGCAAGGCGGCGCUGGGCCUGCGCUACCGCCUGCUCCCCUACCUCUACACCACCUUUCACACCGCCUACCAGACGGGCGCACCCGUCAUGCGCCCCCUCUUCCUCAACUUCCCGCAAGACCCCAACACCCACGCCAUUGACAGGCGCGCUCCGUCGUUGCAGUUCAUGGUGGGCCCCCACCUGCUGGUCAGCCCCGUGCUGCAGCAGGGCGCCACCAGCGUGCGCGCCUACUUCCCGCCCGGCACCUGGCACAGCCUGUGGGACACGGGGGAGGUGGUGGAGGCAGGGGAGGGUGGCACCACCGUUGUGCUGGAUGCGCCGCUGGCGGGGCUGGGCUGCAUCCCGCUGCACAUGCAGGGCGGUUCGGCGCUUGCGAUGCAGCAGGGCGGGCUGACCACCGCCGAGGCCAAGCGCAGCCCGCUGACCGUGGUGGUGGCGCUGGCGGGGGUGCUGGAGGCGGGUACGGCGGGCGGCGCUGCGCUGGGCGGCGGCAAGGCGCGCAUCAGCGCCCAUGUGUACAAUGAUGGCGGCGAGGAGGUGGAGGUGGGCACGUCUCUCUGCAACUUCCUGCACAUCGAUGCCACCUUCAGCCCCCAGCCCGUCAGCCGCAGCCACGCGGCGCAGGUGCUGCUGCAGUUUGGCAGCCCCAGUCAGCUGCGCUCAGCCGGCGCCGGCAGGUGCAGCCCCGCGCGCGACGCAGAGGCUGCGGCUGCGGCGGACGCCGCGGUCGAGUGGCCAGUCCUGGGCGGCAUCGAGGUGCUGGGCUGGCACCUGCCCGUCGAAGCAAUGACUGUGGAGGUGGUGCAGCGCACAGACACCUGCGGCGGGCUGGAGGUGGUGCGGAGCCUGGCCCCACCGCACGGCGCGGUGGGUGCCGGCCUGGCCGGGCUGCGCCUCGACCUGUCGGCGCUGGGCCACAGGCUGCACGCCUCCAAGAUGUCAGGAAGGAGCGUGACCAAGGCGCUGGGGGCGCGGCAGCAGAAGCGGGUGUUUGCGCAGCUUGCCCACUCGCCUUGCGGGAUCGAGCAGCUGCAGCUCACCAAGGCGUACGGGCUAGGCGGCGACCAGCAGCACAAGCACAGCAGACUGUUCUCGCCCGCCGCCGUUGCCGCCCGCGGAGCGGACAAGGCAAGCAAGGCGCCCCCGCUGCUGCCCUGCACUCGCUGCCAGGAGCCCCACUGCAGGCUACAAAGCUUUGCAAGCCCGCCGUCGCACUCGGAUCAAAACGAGGAGGACAGCAUCAGCAUGCAGAGCGCCGCCACGCCCGCGCUGUGCGGCAGCAGCUGUGGCAGCGCCCAGGAGGACGACGCCUUCCCAGAAUUUGUCGCCACCAGCAUCGUCGACCCGCUGCUGCCAGCCUUCCUGUUCCACCUGGGCAGCACGCCCGUGCUGGCUGCUCUGACGCAGCUGGAGCAGUGGGACCUGCACCCCGUGGGGGCCCACGACUUUGGAAGCCUGGCCGUCACCAUUGCAGGCAUGCUGGUGCUGUGCCGCCGCGCCGCUGUGACGCCUGGAGAGCUGACGCCGGAGCUGCUGCUCACCCUGCUGUGGCUGCUGGAGAAUGCACACGGCAGCCAGUACCGCCCGCUGAAGUUCUGCCUGCCCUCCUACCUGCGCCUGCACCCAGACAAUGCCACGCACAGGGAGGAGCUGGCUGAGCACUACAAGCGCGCCAUGGUGGCGCUGCAGCUGCAGGUGCUGCAGCGCUGCGACUGGCGCGUGCUGCUGCUGCACGGCGGCGAGCUGGAUGCAGCGCUGGACGACCUGGAUGCCCACUCCUGCUUUGACGACCUGUGCACCUUCGUGGAGGCGUGCGCAGAAGCCAACAGGCCGGUGCUGGGCAGCCACGGCCACAGCCCGGACAUGGCCCGCGCAGCCGCCAGGGCCAGCGCCCACGGCCGCAGCACGCAGGCCGAGGCGCGCUGCCGCAGCAGCACCGACAGGUCGGGGCAGACGGGCGGCCUGGACGGCUGCUACUGGGAGCUGCCGGCAGACAAGGGCACCGGCGCCGGCCAAGGCAGGCAGCGCCGCAGCGUGCUGGCGCCCCGGAAUGCCUAA